AGACUACUACAGCUACUACAUUUCCCUGAAUCCCUAAAUACGCCUCUGCAUAAUGUGAAAUGUGACCAAUGACAUCCUCAUUAACAAAGAUAUUAAAAAACCGAUGUUGACAUCAAAGAUUUCUGUUUCAUGUAUAAAACAAAUGAGUAUAACGAACGCAGUUAGUAAAGGCACAACAAACAUAAAUGAAAAUGUGUGAUAAAGUCUGCUAGCAUUAUGGUCGCGGCUAUAUGUAUGUGAAGUUAUGACUCUAUGAAUUUAUUGUAGUUUAGUUUUUGGUCUCAGUUAUGCCGUUGUAAAUUCAUUUUAACUCGCAAAAAUGAUGUCAAUCAUCUAGAUAUUGAUGAAAAAUAGAUUUCUCAGUAAGAACUAUGAGAUGGCAGCGUCAAUUUUGAUCGAUCGGAAGAUAACAAUCGUUAUCAAGAAGUAAACAAACAUAUAUAUGUGGUUAUUUAAAAGAUCCAUCAUCAUCACUGCUCGAUCACUAAUUUUGCGGCUGGGUACCUUCAGGAGUAACCAGUAGGCAAAUAUGUUGGUACGACACGUCCUCUCCAUUGCAGUGAUCAUAGCAUCAACACUCGCUUUCAAAAAAUCCUACAGACUUCCAACAGAUGUCAAGCCCAAGCUUUAUACUCUGGACCUUACCGUUGAUCCGGAUGCGGAUACCUUCAAUGGAGUCGAACAUAUAACUCUCUUAGUUAACAAAGCGACAGCUUCUGUUAGUAUGCAUGCUUCACCUAAGUUCAUCGAUAUCCAAAGUAUCAAAUUGAUAAGGGCCGGUAAACAGACAUACACGUGUGUUCAUGUCACCGAUGAGACCACGGAAAUAUUAAGAAUUGCAUGUCCUGUAGAUGCUGUCAUCAGUAAUGAUGUGCUGGAAAUAACUUAUCAGGGUAAACUAUCAUCAGAAGACAUGGAUGGUUUCUACAGGAGCUCUUAUACGGAAAACGGCAAGCAAAAAAACCUGGCAGCCACUCAGUUCGAGCCAGUGUACGCUAGAAGGGCAUUCCCAUGCUUCGACGAACCAACUUUCAAGGCUGAGUUCCAAGUCAGCAUUACGCGCCCUAAGAAUUAUACGGUAUUGUUCAAUACGCCAGAAGCACAGUCGUUAGCAGUUGCUAAUGGAGACAACAUAUUUGUAAAAACCCAAUUCGAGAAAACUCCAGUUAUGUCCACAUACCUGGUAGCCUUCGUGGUGUCCGACUUCGUGAAAGCUCAGAAUUCAGAUUCUACCAAUAAGCCGUACCAAUGGAACGUUUUCGCGAGAUCCACUGCCAAGGAGUCUAUGGGCACAGCCCUCAAGUACUCACCUCAGUUGAUCGACUUCAUGGGCAAAUGGACGGAGUUGGAUUACGUCAAGCUGGGUAACAAGCAGGUUCACCAGGUGGCUAUCCCUGACUUUGCUGCUGGAGCUAUGGAAAACUGGGGACUCAUCACGUACAGGGAAGUCGACUUAUUGGACGAAGGGGCAGCUACAUCAGCCAAUUCCAAACAAAAUAUCAUCCAGACAAUAGCUCACGAAUUGUCUCACCAAUGGUUCGGUGAUUACGUUACAAUUGAUUGGUGGUCAAACUUGUGGCUCAACGAAGGCUUUGCCACCUAUUUCCAGUGUCAUCUUGCUAAUCUAGUUGAAAACGGUACUAUGGAAUUGGACAAACAAUUCAUAACUUGGGUUGUUCACAGGGCUUUCCAAUCGGAUGCUCUGUACACUACGACACCAAUCUCCAACGAAUAUAGUGAAAUCAACACGCCCACGGAAAUAAACAAAAAGUUUGAUGAUAUCAGUUACUCCAAAGCUGGAAGUGUUAUAAGAAUGAUGGAGCAUAUGCUAGGAAAAGAUGUAUUCCAGAAGGCGUUAAGAAACUACUUGAAAGGAAAUGGCCAUACGAAUGCUAGCCCGAAAACGUUAUUCUCGUUUUUCAAAGAUGCUGCUCCACCAAAAUACAAGAACAUUGAUGAAAUAAUGCAUAACUGGAUCUAUCAGCCAGGAUUUCCUCUCGUUCAAGUCGACUGGAACGAAACUGCUAUCACCAUCAGCCAAGAAAGAUUCAACAGCAAUGCAACUACUCAAUGGUACAUCCCUAUCACGUUCGCUACCUCACAGGACCUGAACUUUACAACAGAUGUCAAAAUGAUGUUGGAACCCGGAAAAAAAAUAGUAAUCCAAGAUUUCAAUUUCACUUGGAUUAUGUUGAACACACAAGUCGCUGGUUUCUACAGGGUUAACUACCACGAAAGACUAUGGACCGAAAUUAUAAAAUAUUUGGAAGAAGACCAUGAUCGCAUUCACGUUCUGAAUAGGGCCCAGCUUAUUGAUGACGUAUUCAAUAAUGCUAAAAUAGGAAAAGUUAAAUACUCAUUAGCCUUCGCAUUGAGUGGCUACCUGAAGAAGGAGAAAGAUUAUUAUCCUUGGUUCACGGCCUUUAGGGCUUUCAGUUUCUUGUUGGGCAAACUUGAUAAGGAAGCCGAUGAUUUGAUUAAGGACUUGGUGCGCGAUUAUAUAGACAGCGCUUUUGGCGAAAUACCAUCUGGUGAGAGAAACCAUGUUCAAAAAUUGACGGAUGGGCUCAUUGUCCAAUGGGCAUGCAAAGUAGGCCAUGAAAAAUACCUUAGCCAUGUAAAAGAACAGUUCGAUUCGUACAAGACGAAGAAAAUGAUUACGAAUCACGAUAUCAGAUCAGCAGUGUUUUGUUACGGUCUUAGACAAAGUAGCAAUGUUGAACAGGAUUAUGAAUUUAUGUACGGCCAGUUCAAAAACUCAUUGUCGUCUACAGAGCAAAACGCCAUUUUACAAGCUUUGGGUUGCAUCAACGACGUUACAGUGCUCAACAGGUACCUAAAUGAGACAAUCCAAAAGGAGUCAGCGAUAAGAAAACAAGAUGCCGCGACAGUUUUUAGUUCGGUUCUGGGCAACAGUGAUAAUGGACUUGAAGUUGCACUGAAAUUCUUCGAAUCGAACUUUGACGAAAUUGAUGUUAUGUACAAAGGCUUGAACGCUAUUACAAGAUUAUCUACUGAGCUGGCUAGGAACAUAGUGAACCAAGAGCAUAGUGAGAGGGUAAGUUUCUUUAAGUUAUAUUAUUCAUUUACAUUGCUACUUCUGUUCAUUGUGUAACAUAAUAUCAAUUUAAUUUCUUCAUUCGUGCUGAAUACACUUGCGUGCGUACACAUGUCAAUGUAGAAGUUAAAAUACAAAAGUGUAUAUUCAAUAAACAACAUUUGUUGGAAAGAACAUUAAAAGAAAACUGUAAAAUAUUAUGCAUUUAAAAUAAAUAUAAAACUAUAGAACAAGCACAUCUGAACAAACAGUAAACAAGCACACUACAACACCAUUAUGAGAGAUCAGAGAAGUUAUUACUUAAAAAUUCUUCAGUGGCAUAAAAAGCUUUAAUUCUACACUUAAAUGAGCCGGUGCCAGGUAUUCUGAGUGCCUCGGGAAGAACAUUAUAAAAGUAGAUUCCAUAGUAGUUAGAUCAGUUGCUAUUUCUUUGUAGACGAUGUUUAGGAAUAUCUAACUUAGGCAUUUUACGUGUAUUGUAACUAUGUACAUAACUGUGCAUUUGUUGUUUAUACAAUAUAAGCAGACAAAUAUAUAGAAAUGGAAGGGUAAGGAUCUUUAGGUUAAUGAAUGCCUCUUUACAUAGCUGCACAUAACUCAGACCUGUGAUGACUGAUGCAGCGCCUUUGUAGUGCAAAUACUUUGGGCAUAUGGAUAGAAUGACCCGAGUUCAAAAGUGCAUAUGACAUUCUUGAGUGGAAGUAUCCAUAGUGGUGAUCAGAAACAAACCUUUUCAGAUUUCUAAUUAAAUAGAUGGUCUUGGAUAGUUCCCUGGGGAUACUGUUUACAUCUUCCUCCGAAGUGUGUAUGUGAAUACUGACACCCAUAAAUUUUACUGUGUCUAUGGCAUUGACGUUAUAGUGACACAAACUUAUUACCAUGGACUGUGUCUUUGAAGCAUUAAGUGUCAGUUUAUUUGCUCAAUUUAUUGCAUAUUCAAUAUUUGUAGAGAAAAGUAGAACAAUCGAUUUGCUACUACAGAGCAUUGUUGUGUCAUCAGCAAACAUCAGUAUAAGGUUUCGGUUUGUCUUACAAUAAGGAAGGUCAUUUAUGUUUAUUAAGAAUACAAGUGGACCUAGCACAGAACCCUGUGGGACGCCACAUGAAAUUGUCGUUGUAUUGGAGGUAGUGUUGUUGAAGGUUACUACUAUGAAACUUGUACCGACGCCAUUUUUGUAGAACGUCAUGUUGGACACAGUCGAAGGCCUUAGUAAAAUCAAAAAAAAUUAGCCAGGCAGUGAGCACCACUUCAAAAGCCGCAUUUAUUUUCUCAAUGAAGCUGUCAAUGCUUACCUGAUCUGAAACCGAAUUAACAGUCUGUAAAUAGGUUGUUCCUUUCAAAAUAGACAAUCAGUUGAUGUUUCAAAAGAAUCUCAAGUAUCUUAGCAAGUAGGGAUAUAAGUGAAAUAGGUCUAUGAUUUGACAGAUCGUUGGAAUCGCCUUUUUCAAAGAGGGGAAUAACUUUCAACAGUUUGAAAAUAUCAGGAAAUAUACCAGCUGAAAUACACCAAUUGGAUAAUUUUGUUAAUGGUAUAAUAAUGAGGUUUUGAAUGGUUGUUAUAAUUUUUGCAUUGAAAGAGACAACAUCAAAACCUUUAGAUUUUUUCAAUUUAUUUAUCGCUGCCCUGACUUGAUUGUAAGUAACCUAUUUAAAAUCAAAACCUCCUUAUGAAUUACCUUAUGCAUUGAAGCUUAAGGUGGAAUUUGAUCUACUAGACUUUUUGCAGUGUCAGUAAAAUAAAGAUUAGAGUCAGAUAUGUUGUCAAUGCUUUUUCCACCGUUCAUCCAGUUUUGAACAUUACUUUUAUCCCAAAUAUUGACCCUAAAUAAUUUUACAGCUGAUCAAGCUCUUGGAUGACCACAAGGACAAUGAAGAAGCCAAGUUGGUAUUCAAACAAGUGAAUGAAUUAUUGAAAACUAACCAAGAAUGGUCAACAAAAUAUGAAGAUGAAAUCAAAUUGCUACUAACCAAGUCAAAGAGUGGAGCUGCCACUAGUGCAACGACAAACCUAGCCAUUGUUGUGCUGUCUGUUAUCUCUUUCUUAUUUUUGAACAACUGAUUUUAAUUCUAUUUUAGUUCAUGAGAAUCAAUUAUUGCAGUGAUCUUUGUAUAUUUUAAUAUGUAAACCUAUUAGGUAUUUUUUGAAAAGAGAGUGUUCUUACUUUGUUAUUACCAAAUAAAUACAAUUUUUGUACUUACUAAAAAUACAUUUUUAUUCUUUUUCA